AUGCACUAUGAGCUUCAUAAGAACAUCUCUCUGCAGCGCCGCGUGACCCUUGGGCAGGCGUAUAAACUUAAGGACGCCAAGGAUAAAAUUGUUGAGCUAGAAAGACAGCUGUCGGAGGCACAAACCACUGCUUCCUCCGAACUCGAGUCCCUGCGCUCCACUCACAAAGACCUGGGGUCUAAACUGAAGGAGGCGGAGAAAAAACGAGAGCUAGCGGAGAAGCAAUUAGCUGAGAAGAACUCCAAAUUUAUUCGUAAAAAUGUUGUUUUGAUGGAGAAAAGGAGAAUUGACAACGAAUCCUUGAAAGAGCUUCAAGAAGAGGUCAAACACCUCCGGAUCUACAUGAAGACAGCGGAGCAAGGUUGGUACCUGCUCAACGCCAAUAUCAUGGAUCCGCUUGGAUACGAUGAAGCCCAGCGCGAACUGUUUCCGCGUGAUGACCUGAUCCAGCUGGCCGGAGACGAUUGCAAAGAUCUGAUCUUGGCUUGUCGCAAGAUCUGCCAUAAUCUGGCUAUCAAGGACAGUCGAAUCUGCAGUGUCCACGAGCUUAUUCAACGGAUGGAAGACGAGCCUCUCGAGGCGGAGAUGGAGAAGCAGCGCGAAGCGGCAGCCAGGCUAACAAGAUCUGAGGAGUUCACCUGGACUAGCUCCAAAGAGGCUGAAAAGAACAAGUCCAAGGGCAACGAAACAGACGCUUCUCCUCCGACCAAGCAUACUAAAGAUAGUGAUGAUGAAGUGGUUCCUUCUCCGUCUAAGGAAGCGGAGGAAGAUAGACCACAAGCUGAUGAUGAAGCUCCCAUCGACUCCUCCGCGUCCCUCCGGCGCCUCCGCAGCCUCCACGCGCUCCUCGUCCGCCUCCCGCUGCAGCCCCGCUCCCAGCCCUACCUCCUCUCCCGCCUCCUCCGCCGCCUCGCCGCGCUCCCGCCCCCUCCCGCCCCGCUCCCCUACGCGCUCUCCGUCUUCUCCGCGCACUCGCCGCCGGACCCCUUCCUCGCCGCCGCGCUCCUCCGCUUCGCGCUCCUCACGCAGCCGCCGCUGACCCCCUUCCGCGUCUUCUCCCGCCUCCUCGGCAUCACCCACGGCGGCCACCUCCCCUUCCUCCCGUUCGCCUUCUCCCCGCUCGCCAAGUCCGCCGCGGCCGCCCGCUCCCUCCCCGCCGCCGAGGCCGCGCACGCGGUCUCGAUCCUCGUCGGCGGGUUCGACAAGCACCGGUAUGUCGAGAACUCCCUGAUCGGCGCCUACGUCGCCUGUGGCGACGUAACCGCUGCACGUAAGGUGUUCGAUGAAAUGGUGGUGAAGGAUGCCAUCUCCUGGACAAGCAUCGUGGUGGCGUAUUCCAGGAGCGGGGACAUGGGUUCCGCGGAGGAGGUGUUCGCGCAGUGCCCGGAGAAGGACUUGGUGGCAUGGACAGCGAUGGUGACCGGGUACGCUCAAAACUCCAUGCCGAUGAAGGCGUUGGAAGUGUUUGAGCGGAUGGCCGCGCUCGGCGUGGGCAUUGACGAGGUCUCCUUGACGGGUGCGAUCUCGGCUUGCGCUCAGCUUGGUGCGGUGAGGCGUGCCGCUUGGGUUAAGGAGAUCGCGGAGAGGGGUGGUUUUGGGAGCAACGUGGUUGUCGGGUCGGGGUUGGUGGAUAUGUUUGCAAAGUGCGGGCUUAUCGAUGAAGCACGCAGUGUUUUUUACGGGAUGCAGGAGAAGAAUGUGUACACGUAUAGCUCAAUGAUUGUUGGCCUAGCUGCUCAUGGGAGGGCAAUGGAGGCGAUUGCUUUGUUCAAGGACAUGGUUAGGAGGGCUGAUGUGGUGCCCAACCAUGUGACCUUCAUAGGGCUGUUGACAGCUUGCAGCCAUGCAGGGAUGGUUAGAGAUGGGCGCUACUACUUUGCGCAGAUGAAGGACAAAUAUGGGAUAUUGCCAACUCCAGAUCACUAUACUUGUAUGGUCGAUUUGCUUGGCCGUGCUGGAUUGGUGGAUGAAGCUUUUGGUCUUGUGAGGUCAAUGUCCGUGGAGCCUCACGGUGGUGUGUGGGGAGCGCUGCUUGGGGCUUGUCGGAUCCAUGGGAAUACUGAAGUUGCCAAGGUUGCGGCUGAGCAUCUUUUUAAGCUUGAGCCAGAGGGUAUAGGGAACUACGUGCUGUUAUCGAAUACACUUGCAUCGGCAGGAAAAUGGGAUGAAGUCUCCAAGGUUCGGAAGCUAAUGAGAAGCCGGAGGCUGAAAAAGGAUCCUGCUGUGAGCUGGUUUGAAGGUAGAGACGGUCUGGUCCAUCAAUUCUUUGCUGGUGAUAACUCACAUCCGAGGACCAAUGAAAUAAAGAAGGCAUUAAUAGAGCUAGUAGCAAAACUGAAGCAAGCUGGUUAUGUGCCAAUCCUGAGUUCUAUUGUUUAUGAUGUGAGCAAUGGAGAGAAAGAGCGGAUUUUAAUGGGGCACAGUGAGAAACUUGCUCUCUUGUUUGGAUUGCUGACUCUUGGAUCUAGAUGCACAAUUCGAAUAGUAAAAAAUCUAAGGAUCUGUGAGGACUGUCAUUUGUUUAUGCGACUAGUUUCAAGAGUUGAGCAUGUUGACAUUAUAGUCAGAGACAAUAUGAGAUUCCAUCAUUUCAAAGAUGGAGAAUGCUCAUGUGGUGGAUUCUGGUGAAAGCAGAUAAACAAAUAACAUGGCAGAAUAGGAACUUUGGUGUUUGAUUGCAAAAGGUCCCACAAUCAUUCUGAACUUCUGUACGUGAACUUACAUGGGUGAUGCAGAUAAACAAGAAUGCAAAUAACAAAGCACUGCGCAUGGUAGGUUAGCCAAAACUCCUUUCAGGGCAUUGGUAAAUAUACGUA